AUGGAUUUAAAAAAACUCAAAGGUAUGAAUUGGGUUGGAAACAUUUACCAGAAAUUUGAAGCUAUCUGCCAGGAGGUGGAUGAUAUUGUGAAUCAGGAUACAAUUAAAUAUGUCGAAACCCACGUGCAGACAGUGGGCAAAAGUGUGAAGAAACUCUGUUCUGAUGUCGUCCAAGAUUUAAUUCCUCCUUUAGGGAAUCCUGUUAAUCACGACGCUCAAGAGGUGGCUAUUACAUAUAAUUCUGGCAUUAGUACUAAGUCAAGGGAAGACUUGGAGAAAAAUUCUUCGGAUGAAAUUGAAAAGCAAUCAUCUGCAGAGCCCAAUGUAACGGAUCCUGUGAUAAACCAGCCGAGUCUUGUCUCUAGUAAAUAUUUCCUUACAGAUCAACCUAGUUCUCCAACAUCAAUGGAUAGUUCUGAGGUGUCAGAGUCCAACGUAUCUGUGGGAAAGAUUCGUGAAGUUUUUUCAAAUGAAAAUUCUUUAGGUGCAACUGAAAUGAAAUCACCUUCAGAGCACCAUGUAAUGGAUCCUGUGACAAACCAGCUGAGUACUGUGUCUUGUAAAUAUCAACUGGCAGAUCAACCUAGUUCUCCAUCUUCAAUGGAUACUCUUGAGCUGUCAGAGUAUGACUUGUCUGUGGAAAAGAUAGAUGAAGUUUUGACAAAUGAAAAGUCUUUAGAUGCAACAGAAGAAUCACCUACAGAGUGCAAUGUAAUGGAUCCUUUGACAAACCAGCUGAGUCUUGGCUCUAGUAAAUUUUACCUUGCAGAUCAACCUUAUUCUCCAACUUCAAUGGAUACUCUUGUGCUUUCAGAGGCUUACUUUUCCGUAGAAAAUCAAGAGUCUUUAGAUGCAACAGAAAAUCAAUCACCUACAGAGCCCAAUGUAAUGGAUCCUGUGACAAACCAGCCGAGUCUCAUCUCUUGUAAAUUUCACAUUGCAGAUCAACAAAGUGCUCCAAUUUCAAUGGAUACACUUGAGGUGUCUGAGUCUGACUUUUCUGCGAGAAAGAUUGAUGAAGUUUUGACAAAUGGAAUUUCUUUAGGUGCAACUAAAAAUCAAUCACCUACAGAGCCCAGUAUAAUGGAUCAUGUGGCAAACCAGCUGAGUCUUGUCUCUUCUAAAUAUCACCUUGCAGAUCCACUUAGUUCUCCAACUUCCAUAAAUACUCUUGGGGUGUCAGAGUCUGACUUGUCGGUGGGGAAGAUUGAUGAUAAUUUGACAAAUGAAAACUCAGAUGCAAAUAAUGAAGAAAUUUCCAUAAAAAUGCUGGAUUUAACUUCUCCUGUUGUGUCAGAACACUUUACAGAGUCACCAUUUCAGGUAUUUGCUCACAGUAAUUAUGAAAAUAGGCAUACUUUUUUGCCUGAGGUUGCACCUAUAUCCCCAGCGCAUGGAUUGGAGUUUGAAUCCCAGCAAAAAUAUACUGUUUGUUCAGAUGAAAUUUUGAGUGUUUCUGGUGCUUCAAAUACUACUACUGAAAUGGUCUUUUCAGAUGUAUCUGGGGAGGAUACUAUAGCAGAGAUGGGAAUUGCACCCUUCAGCAGCUGUAAUGCAAAGGAAUCACUUAGGCUCUUUGAGGUGACUGGGUGUGUUUCUGAUGUUUCUAAUGAGAUCCCAACAUCUGCUUCACCGUUAACUGUGUCCGGUAAAAUUAAGGAUUUGGAUAUGGGACUUUCUUCAUUCAGAGGUGUCCUAUCACUGGAACCAGUUGAAGAAGGCACGUCCAGAAUUACGUUGACCCUGCCUCUGACAGUACCAUCUGGAAAACAGCAAGUUCAGAUCUGCGAGUCUGUUCAAUUUGAUGCUCUUAAUUCCUUUUCAGAUAUUGGCCUUUCAGAUGAAUCAAGUUGUGAUUUUUCUCACUCUGGCAUGGAAACCAUUGAUUUGCAUGAUAAGGUGAAGCUUGAGGAGAGCUGUGUCAUUGUAGACGAUAGCGUACUACAUGCUAUCUCUUGCAGAACAAGAAAGCUAAGAUCAUAUAAGUGUUCUUACAUAGUCUUAGUUAGAAGUCACAAUUCCAGAGGGCAUGUUAGGAAAGAGAAGCUGAGGGCUAUAAUAGCAGAGGGUUCUUUACCAUGA